AUGGGCGCUAUGGACACCGAAAAGAUCAUCAAAGAUCCGCAGAGCCGGCAACUGCUUGGAUUUCCAGAGGAGAUCCUUAUACAAAUAUUUCAAGCGGUCCAUGACACACCCCCCGAUUCCAACCGCCAGAAUGAUGAAGAGAGGGCUCGUUACGAUCAGGGCACUCGAGAUAUCCAGAGUAUUCGACUUACGUGCCGGAAAUUCAAUAGACUCAGCUCGGAGUUUCUCAUCAAAUUUGUCGGGGUGGACAUUAGCGAGAACUCCCUUACUCGGCUCCAGUCAAUAAUGGAACAACCCGCAAUCUGCAAAGGUGUUAGGAUGAUCCGCAUUCGGCUGCUGGCAUACGACCCUUUCUUGCACAGAAACCAGUUCGCAUAUGUGCAUGAGAUGGUUAGACAUUUGGAACUUUACAGCCCUUUGAUGAAAAAGGACGCUCGUCUGCUCGCCAACUAUUACAUUGAAGCUUGGCGAACAGGCAGGUGGACGGGAAUUCGACACCUAUUCGCAGGACUAGGAAUUCAUCACGAGCUAUACAGCCUGCGGUACUGCGAGCAACAUUUUGUUUCACAGCAAAAAUUUCUUGCCGUUGUUUUGAAUGCAUUGCAAAGGAGCAAGCAGAAGCUGAGAAUCGAAAUUACCGAUUGCAACGACUUUGGGCGACAAUACCAGCAAACAAUACGUCGGGCUACCAUAUACAACCUCCUUUCCACGAUUGCGAGACCUCGAGGUUCCACAUGGCUACAACUUCACAGAUUCCAUCCCCACGCCUCUCGAAGCUUCGAGUGGAUGAUUCCUUCACUUCUGGCGGCCUUUAAUGAUCCCAGUAUUCACAUCUCGGAACUACACUUCGAAAUCACCAGAACCAGGCGACCACAGCCAAUGGCUUUUUCUGAGGAAAUGUCGAGAUCGAUUCAACUGGCAUUGCAAGAUUUGCAAAAGUUCAAAUACACCAGCCAUGCUUACCCCGGGAACAGGUUGCCUGAACCAGAUAUGAAGUGCCAACUUUAUUCCUGUCUUCCACCCAAAUCACUGAAAGAGCUGUGUCUGCGGCGCGUCGAGCUCGAACCGCAACGGCAGUGGUCCAAUCUGCAGAAAAUUGCGCUCAUGGAAGUCCAGUUCGAUGUCGAGAGGCUCGCCAGUCUGUUGCAACCAAUUGAGCCUCACACAGCCGCCAUCCGCCUGAGGAAAUGCAGGCUUUCGGAAGGCUCAUGGGCCGACGUCAUAGACCUCUUGAGGGUCAAGCAACGAGAAGCCGUUCUGAUAUCGCCCAUGGGGCAGGAAGUGAUCUGGAUGUCGCCAGAGAACCGCAACUAUCUCUUUGUGCACCUCCCGGACUGGCACGACGGUAACAGCAAGGCAGAGCAGUACGUCCGAGGAUGGAUCAAUGACAACCCUAUUCGCCAGCAUGAUGGGUAG